GCUAUAUACAUGUAUGAACACCGUGUGUGGCUAGAGGCUUAGUCUUAGCGUUCUAUAUAUUGACAGUUAUUUCAGUUUUAGAAAAAAAUUUGUUUAAAAACUUGGGACUUAAAGACGGUCACUAUAGCUGUCGAUGCAAAAUGCAUUAUUUAUUUGUUGCAUAUUGGGUGUUUCUUGUCGGAUAUGUGUGCCUUGAACAUGCACCAAGUGUGUCAACCAAACUUGGAGUUAUAAAUGGAGUUUUUAGUGAAGUAUCAUUUAAAAAUGAAGCAUAUACAGUAAAGAGAUUCUUAGGAGUACCAUACGCCAAGCCGCCUGUUGGAGAACUUAGAUUUAAUUAAGAAACCGGAAGCCGCUGGGAAAUUAUUACCGGAUCCAUUUCCAGCUGACAAAUUCGGAUCACCAUGCGCCCAAAUUGACAUUAUGGGUGAAAAGUUUUCAGAAAAUACUAAUACAGAAGAUUGUUUAUUCUUAAACAUCUAUGUCCCGGACCAGAAACCAGAAAGCACGACAGGUCAUGCAGUCAUGGUAUUCAUCCACGGCGGAGGCUACAAUCUUGGCACGGGAAAUCGGUACAUUGCCGAUCGUUUGGCGUCCGUUGGUAACGUUAUUGUCAUCACGAUCAACUACAGGCUCUGGAUAUGGGGUUUUCUUGAUUUCAAUGAUGAAAGGGCGCAAGGAAAUAUGGGAUUAUGGGACCAACCAAUGGCAUUUAGAUGGGUACAAGAACACAUUAGUUCUUUCGGAGGAGAUAAGGGUGACGAUAUUUGGAAAAUCUGCCGGGGCAGUAAGUGUCGGGUUACACUCCUUACAUCCGGAAAAUAAAGGACUGUUUACAAAUGUUAUUUCUGAGAGUGGUUCACCAUCGUUCACGCAUGUCUUCCAAACUGACAAUAACAUUCAAGCUGCAACAUUUCUUGCUGAGUUACUCAACUGUUCUACAGACAAUCCAGAUCCAGUGUAUGAAUGUAUUAAAAACAGUGACAGUGCAGCAAUGCUAGAUGCUUUUAAAAGCGCUUUAAACGAUCCGGCUAAGUUAUGGCAAAUUGUUUUCACCCCAACGGUUGAUAACGACUUUGUCAAGCAGCCACCAUUAGACUUAAUAAAUCUUGCUAAAACCACUGUUCCACCUGAAGUAGAAUUUCUUAGAUCUUUGAAUUUGAUAAACGGAUUGAAUGGGGCAGAGGGCGCCAUGUGGCUUUUUAUGGUGGAAGGACCGAAGGAUAACUACGAUGAUUUACUGCUGUCAAAAGAAGACAUGGAUAACAGGAUUAUCCCGACAGUUCUCCCAACAGCUCCUGAAUUGCUAAAGUCACUCGUUAGAUCGAGGUAUACAGACUGGAGGAAUCCGAAUGAUCCCAAAUUGGUACGAAAACAAUUCGUCAAACUGUUAGGUGACCUUUAUUUUAACGUUCCGGGAAUAGAAUUCAGUCGUCUGCAUGCUAAUGGAUCAAAUCCAGGGAGUUACAUGUACAGGUUUACUCCUCUCGUGGAGCAACACUUUGUUAGAACACCAGCAUGGUCGGAGUCUGCAAAUCAUGCAGACGAACUUGGACCCGUGUUUGGCUAUAACUUUGACUAUGAAUGGGCAGCCGACAUGAAAGGAUAUACACCACCUGACUGGGAAUUGAACAUGUCCGAGCGUAUGAUGGUGUCGUGGACAAAUUUUGCGAAAACUGGAAAUCCGAACAGGGAAGGGGAAACACAAUGGCCUAAAUAUAGCAUCGAUGAUGAAUAUUAUUUAAAUAUAGAUAAAGAAGACACCGUAGGUCAAUUUUUACACGCAGCCGAUAUGAACUUUUGGCGGGAAAUUGAGCUAAAGUCAGCUAAGGUUAAAGGGACUCCACUGAUUAUUUUUGACAUGACAGAAAUACCAUUUGAAACAGGAUGA